AUGACUGAGUGCUUCCUGCCCCCCAGCAGCAGCCCUGCGGAGCAGCGCAGGGCUGAGCACCCAGGGGGCGUGGCCCGCACCCCAAGCUCUGAGGAGAUCAGUCCCACCAAGUUCCCUGGCUUGUAUCGCACGGGUGAACCGUCUCCGCCUCACGAUGGCCAUCACCACGAGGCACCUGAUGCGUACAUCUCAGACGAUGACAAAGAGCACAGCAAGAAGAAGAACAAGUUCAAGAAGAAGGAGAAAAGGACGGAGGGUUACGCCGCCUUCCAGGAGGACAGUUCAGCAGACGAAGCAGAGAGCCCGUCUAAGAUGAAGCGCUCCAAGGGAAUCCAUGUGUUCAAGAAGCCCAGCUUCUCCAAGAAGAAGGAGAAGGACUUCAAGGUGAAGGAGAAGGGCCCCAAGGAGGACAAGGCCAAGGAUAAGAAAUCUAAAGACCUGACAGCUGCAGAUGUGGUGAAACAGUGGAAGGAGAAGAAGAAGAAGAAGAAACCAACAACAGAGGCAGAGCCAGUCCCAGUGGAGAUCCCCACAUUUAGGCCCAUCUUUGGAGCACCUCUGACUGAAGCUGUCAAGAGGACAGCUCUAUAUGAUGGUAUCCAGCUGCCAGCCAUCUUCAGAGAGUGUGUGGACUACAUUGAAAGUUAUGGCAUGAAAUGUGAAGGCAUCUACCGGGUGUCAGGUAUGAAGUCCAAGGUGGAUGAAUUGAAAACAGCAUAUGACCGUGAGGAGUGCCCCUGCCUGGAGGAGUAUGACCCCCACACGGUUGCCAGCCUACUGAAGCAGUACCUGCGCGAGCUGCCAGAUAAUCUGUUGGGCCGGGAGCUGGCCCAGCGCUUCGAGGACGCCUGUGGUCGGCAGGUUGAGGCCGAGAAGAUGACGGAGUUCCAGAGGCUGCUGGCCGAGGUGUCGCCAGAAAGUCGACUUCUCCUCUCCUGGCUCAUCACGCACAUGGACCAUGUCAUUGCCAGGGAGGCGGACACCAAGAUGAAUAUUCAGAACAUCUCCAUCGUCCUCAACCCAACCAUACAGAUCGGGAAUCGUGUCCUUUACAUGUUCUUCACGCAUGUGAGGGAGCUGUUUGGAGACGUAGUGUUGAAGCCAGUGGUGCGGCCACUUCGCUGGUCCAACAUGGCAACGAUGCCGGCACUGCCUGAGACCCAAGAGAGCAUCAAGGAGGAGAUCCGACGACAGGAGUUCCUGCUGAACUGCCUGCACAGGGACCUUCAGGCGGGGGUGAAGGACUUAUCUAAAGAGGAGCGACUCUGGGAGGUUCAGAGGAUCCUGACUGCUCUGAAACGCAAACUGAGGGAGGCCAAACGUCAGGAGUGUGAGAGUAAGAUAGCCCAGGAGAUAGCAAGCCUCUCAAAGGAAGAUGUGUCAAAAGAAGAAAUGACUGAGAAUGAAGAGGAAGUCAUCAACCUCCUCUUAGCACAGGAAAAUGAGAUCCUGACAGAGCAGGAGGAGCUGAUCUCUCUUGAGCAGGUGCUUCGUAGACAGAUUGCUACUGAGAAGGAGGAAAUCGAGAGGCUGCGAGCUGAGAUCGCAGACAUACAGAGUCGGCAGCAGGGCCGCAGUGAGACAGAGGAAUAUUCAUCGGACAGUGAAAGUGAGAGUGAAGAUGAGGAAGAGCUGCAGAUGAUUCUGGAAGACCUGCAGAAGCAAAAUGAGGAACUGGAGAACAAAAACACCCACCUGAACCAGGCCAUCCACGAGGAGCAGGAAGCCAUCUUGGAGCUCCGUGUACAGCUCCGCCUCCUGCAGAGCCACAAACUGCAGCAGGAACUGACCGUCCAGCCGCCGGCCGACCAGGCCCCGCCCACGCAGCCGAGCCCAGAGCCCCGCACCGAGGAGCAAACCAAGCGCUCCGUUGCCGCGGUGGUCGCCGGUGUGGAUGCCGCCGCUUCGGCCAACGGCAAGGCAGCUAAGGAUCCUUUGAAGCCCUCACCAAACAAAGACAGGAGGGACACCAACAUGUGAGAUGUCAUCUCAGCGACGUGUUUGGUGGCCCUGUGCUGCUGUACGUCUCUACCGCUGGUCAGUUGUCCUGUAGUGUCACUUGUUAUCCACUGGAGAUUUCACAUUGCUGGAUCCAUGAGUUCAUGAGGUAAUUGUGUCCACCGGGCGGCAGCCAUGGAAAAAUCUGUCAUAACUGUCUUUGUCUUUGACUCUGUAGCAGAAAUCACCUUGUUUCCUAUUUUUCCAUGCAAAACACAAAAUGCUAAAAACAUAGUAGCGGACAACUGGCUAUUACUGUGAGAGACCAGGUGGACCAUAUUAUCAAAUCCACAGUGCCAAGCCUGUAUGAAGGAAGAAGGGGGGAAAGGAGAAAUGAAGGGAUCAUAAAGCAGGUAGUGGGAUGGAAGAGAGUUAAAAAAAAAAGUCAGGCACCUUGCCAGUGUAUGACAAAGUUUAUUUUUUGCUGGUAAGGUCUCAAGAAAUGAAUAUAUACUAGACAUAAUCUCAGUCCCUGUAUCUCACUAUGUCCCUCACCUAAAUGCAAAUUGGACAUGUUAGGAUAGAGACCACUGUGCCAUAACCGAUGAUGCCAGACUGGACACGUUUCCCCAGAGAACCACUAAUACAAAAGCUCUUUGAAUAAUGAAGAAUUUAUGAUUGGUCUAUCUAUAUGUUAUAUAUUUAAGUAGUAUUCUGAAGAAUACGGAUGAAUAUUUGAGAAAUACAUUGAUUUUAAGUUACAGCUUUUUAGUAAUAUAUGAAUAUAAAUAUAUUGUAGAUGCUUUCUUUUGAACAGCAGAUGCACAUAAACACAAUGGCGUUGUACUUUGCAACUGACCAGUGGACGGAAACACGAACGGCAAACAAAUACGCAACAAAAGCAUAUUCAUCACUGGAAAAAUGUAGACAAACAGCUGGAGGCAGCGUUGUUACACUCUCUGCUCUGUAGUGCAAUCAUUGUCUCUGUCGUCUCUGCCUCUCUUGCACAAACAAGGAAAUGUGGAAAAUGACAAUUGUCCAGUUUUGCGAUGGAACAGCUAAUCUGUAGUGAUGAUUAUUGUCGCUAAGCGCAGAGACACGCAGGAGGCUUAUUAAGUUCUGUUGUGUAUUUGAUUGUGUUUUUUAACUCAUGAUGUGUGGAGUUGUUCAUGGCAUCAGUUGGAAGUGAGUAAAAAAAACAAAGUUACAAUUCAAUCAUUUCAUUUCACAACUGAUUCAUGACUAUUGCAAAGUACUGUCAUACCUUCAGUGAUAUUUAAAGCAAAGGCACGGCCUGACUUACUCACCGUUUGUGUAUAUCAUUGUAAAAUUGCAAACAUACUGUAUUUUCAGCUCUUAUGUUUUAUCACGUUCUUUUUUUUUUAUUAUUAAUGACCUGUAUGGAGGAUGCUAGUGUGACUGCCCCUGCUUUGGUCAUGGGCAAAUCAAAGCAAUCUCAUCUGGAUUUAUGAUUCAACGUGUUAUUAAUCCUGUGACUGAUACAGAUAAAUGCUAGAUUGGGCUCAGAAGCUUCUCAUGAGGUUAUUUUCAUAUUGUUCUAAGCUUUUUGUAGCUUAUCGUUGCAGACAGAAUAAUGCUGUGAAGAAUAAAGUGUUGAUCUGAAUAAUUUA